AUGGGAAAGAAGGAGAGAAAGGAGAGAGAGGAGUACAUGCUGAGGAAUGGAGGGUUGUUAUUGGAGAAGCGAAUUUCCUAUUUUAAUGGCAAGUACUCCAAUCCCAUGCGUAGCUUUUUAGUCAAAGAGCUUCAAAAAGCUACUGACAAUUACAAUCAUGAGAAUCGAAUUUUUGAAGGUCCGUUCGGUUUCGAAUGUUAUAAAGGUUGUUUGGAAGGUAGUGUGGUUUUUGUGAAGAAGUAUUCUGGCUAUUUUCCUAGUUGUGAAAUGGUUGCUAAUGAAAUAUCAGUUGCAGCACAACUGAGCGGGCAUAAGAAUAGUAUGAAGCUUUUGGGAUGUUGCUUAGAAACAUAA